AUGCAUGAGUCCAGCCCUUCAGGCCAAUGGAACUGCCCCAGGACCCCUGACGAGGACCCAGGGGCAGCCCCAGCACCCAGAGCCCCCCAGCUGCCUUCUGAAGUGGAGGUGGGCACCCGGGUAGCUGUGGGCGUGCCUGUGCGGCAGCCGGACUUGGAUCCUGAAGGUGUGGCUCGCCCCAUCUCUCAAGAGUGCCACCAGGGCCUGGGGCUGUUUGUCAAGAAUCCUAUCCCUGAAGCCCAGCCUAUCUGCCACCUGGGAGGUGAUGCAAGCUGGGCUGGCGUGUUCCCACAGACGGAGAAGUGCCUGAUGGCCAAGCAGAUCAAGGAGUACAAGAGGGUCUUUGAGAUGUUCAAUGAGGAGGGCAAUGGGGAUGUGAAAACGGGUGAGCUAAGGCACCUCAUGAGCCUGUUGGGCAUCAACCGCACCAAGAGCGAGCUGGUCUCCAUGGCCAAAGAUGUAGACAGAGACCACAAAGGCUUCUUCAACUGCGACAGCUUCCCGGCUCUGAUGGGGAUUUACUCAGAGAAGGCCCAAAACCAGGAGAGCAAGCUGAGGGCAGCCUUUUGCGUCUUUGACAAAGAGGAUGGCUACGUCGACUAGGACACGCUCAAGUAUGUACUCAUGAACGCGGGUGAGCCCCUCAACGAGGUGGAGGCCGAGCAGAUAAAGGAGGCCGAAGAUAGGGACAGGACCAUCGACCCUGAGGUGUUCGUGGCCAUGAUGACCCGAGAGUCCUUCAAACUGGUUCGGUAG